AUGUCAUACACCCCGUUCGCCUCCGCUCAACCCUCCUCGCAAGCCUCGGCGAAGACGCGCCAGAUCGCCCACCUCGCUCAACAACUUCAACUCCUGGCGCAACGGACGGAGCAGCUCGAGCAGUUGUCGGCUACGACGGCCGAGCAGGCGAGCUACAUGCGGCUGUUGGGAGGAUAUCACGCGGCCUGGUUCAUGGCCUCUCAGCGUGUCAUGACGCCCGGAGACGCGUCCGAUGAUCAGGGAGAAGCGCAGGGGCAGCAAGGGCAGUGA